GGGAAUCGACCCUCCUCACGUUGUCACGCUCGCUCACACACCUCUCUCAUCAGCCCCAUUGGGGUCCUGACACAGAUUCUUCACGGCAUACUGACAGCCGCUGACUGCUAGCAAUCUGUCUCCAGCGAACCCGCGGCCGGCAGAGCGGAGGAAACCCCGUUCAGUAGAACUUGUCGCGCAGCCCCGUACGGCAUCCCAAGCUCACGGCUUUUUCGAACCGCAUCAUGUCCGGCUACGGCAGCGUACCCGGUGGAGGUGACAGCUCACUGCUCCAUUCGAUCUUCGACCGAGCGCAAGAUGCCAUCUUUGCGCUCUCGUCCUGUCUGCCCUGCGGGCCUUCCUCGUCCUCGCUCAAGCUCAACGGCCGCAGCUUCGAGAUCGUCAAGCUGCUCGGCGAAGGAGGGUUCAGCUUCGUCUACCUCGCACGCGAUGCGCAGAGCGGUCGGGAAUUCGCGCUCAAAAAGAUCCGAUGUGCAUAUGGAUCAGACUCAUUCCGAGAAGCGUUGAAGGAGGUCGAUGCGACGAAACGCUUCCGAUCACCCAAUAUCAUCCGCAUUUUCGACUCGGCAGUCGUGCAGGAGGGUGACGGAAAGAUCAUCUACAUCUUUCUGCCGUACUAUUCGAAAGGUAACGUACAAGAUGCAAUCAACGCGCACGUCGUACGAGGCAGUCGAUUCGGCGAGAGGGAGAUGCUGCAGCUCUUCCUCGGAGCGUGCAAGGCCGUCAAGUGCUUGCAUCAGUACCGCUUGCCGAAUGUUUCGGCGCAAAGAUCAGCGCCUAGCAUGAGCAUGGACGGCCCACCUGGCGCUUCGAGCUCGACCGCGACGCUCAAAGCGACGUUGCGCAGCGGCAACAGCAGCAAUGACGCGUCCGACUCGGCAUCGCUCUCGCGCAAGGAGACAAGAGAGGACGGGGACAAUGUGCCACUCAUUGAUCGGGAAGGGGGAGAAGGUGAUGAGGCAGCUGCUUAUCCCCCACGGCCAUCUGCCGCCGAUUCGGAUAUAACGAGGGACUCAAAUGAGACCGUCAGAAGGGUAGCGCUAGGUGGAGAGGGAUCAGAAGAGGGUAAGGCAGGAGAGCUGAUGCCGUAUGCGCAUCGCGACAUCAAGCCCGGGAAUAUCAUGAUUGCCGACGACGGGCAGACACCUCUCCUUUACGAUUUUGGGAGUACCAUAAAAGCGCGGCGAAUGAUCAAGACUCGGCGAGAAGCAAUUGCUGAGCAGGACCUGGCCGCUGAGCAAUCCAGCAUGCCAUAUCGAGCGCCAGAGCUCUUUGAUGUCAAGACUGGUACCGAGAUCACCGAAGCAGUCGAUAUCUGGGCGCUCGGCUGCACUCUCUUCGCCAUGGCGUACCACCACUCACCCUUUGAGACGCCACAGACUCUCGAGCAAGGCGGCUCGCUCGCCCUCGCCGUCCUCAAUGGCAAGUACAAGUUCCCGGAUGGGGACCAGUACUCGGAGGCAACGCGCCAGAUCGUGAGGUCCUGCCUUGCCACAGACCCUAAAGCGAGACCGACUAUUGAUGGACUAAUAGACUUAACGGAGAAGGCGCUGCGGGGUGUAUCUUGAUUGGAGGUGAAGUGAUAUGUAUAUAAUACAGCUUAAGGUGUAUUUGACCCUG